AAUUUGGGUAAAAGUAAAGAUGUUGCAUAACUUGGUUCGUAAAUUUAAGCCUUUCAGGACGCUCAAGGGUGGAAGGUUGUCUCAGGAUGUAUUAAUAGAAGCGAUUCGCCUAAAUCGCUCACAGAUUCGCCUCAAAAGUCAUGAUAUGGCUACAUGGAGGAUUUCUGCCGCACGUAGAGGUGCCCCUGGUAUUUCAGUCAAAAGUCCAUAUUCUGUGAAGAUAGAGGCGAUCAAUCCCAUGGAAUAUGUGGAACAUGGAGAUCCUAAAGCUGAAAUGGUCAAGGGAUACCUUUAUCUGCAGACUGUUGGUGAGGAAGAUCUUCCUCUACAAGUGAAAACAGCUUUUCAAGAAGACAUUGAAUACUGUGUACAAUCAGAGUCGUCAUCAUCAAGAGACUAUUUGAAGGUUACUUGCUCAGACCAGCGAGAGUUUCAGUACCCUUCAAAAGAUGUUAGCUUGCAUUUUCAGGUUCCUGCCAACUAUGGUGCUGACAUUAAAGUCAGAGAUGAUGCCAAUGUUGACAUCAGAAAUCUUGAAGGAGGGCCUUUUGAUAUAAUUAUGGACCAAGGCACAUGUCGUGUGAAGAAUCUUAGGGGGUCACAUUUGAGAGUGAAGACGAAUGGUGGUAGCAUUGAAUGUGAAUCUCAGUUACUGUUUGAGUUGGGAAACCUCGACACUAAAAAGAAAGGAAAGAUAUCUGUGAAAAAGUUGCAAGGGAAGGAAUUUUGUUUGGAAACAGAAAAUGGAGCUAUUGAUGUGGGAGCUUCAUAUGUACUAAAGGCUCAGUUGUCAUCUGAAAGUGGUCACAUCAACUUAGGAGAUAUUCACGGUGAGAGUGAAGUAAGUGUCAAGAGUGGAGACAUUUCAAUUGGUUCAACAUCAGGGAUACUAAAAGCUGUUACAAACACUGGAAACAUAGACAUCAGUUUAUCGCGGCAUAAUAAUGUUAUACUGGAAACCAAAGAAGGAGACAUUCACAUCAAGUCAUUGGAGGAAUCUCUGUAUUCAGAGCUUCAAGUGAAGUCAAAACAUAUUGACAUAAAUUCCAAUGUUAACGUGGCCAUUGAUAAAGAAGAAAAAGGAGAGAACUUUAUUGUUAUGUCCGGGAAACUCAACCCUGAAGACAAAACGGAUGAAGAAACAAGGACAAUUAAAGCUGAGGCAAAACUAGGAACUGUAAAGAUUGAAAAGAAAGACUGGUUUAGUUCUUUGAAAUUUAGCUAAAGCGUACGUCUACAAUUUGGAAUUUUCAAAAUGACUCGUGAAUCAUUCUAUUAAAUUAGGCUAAAAUGCCAAAUUUGUAGUCGCCCAUUAAUUGACUUCCAGAUGAGAGACGAGGAUACAAUUGACCACUCAAACUUCAGUACCGGUCAAAUUCUUCAAAGAUUACUCCCUCUCGUUUGUUGGCAACUUUUCCAGUUACCUGUAAAAUUUUCUCCCCGCCGACCGUCGAAUCCCAAACCCGGCCAUGGUCUUUCCUCAAUAAAAACUUUAACUUUAACAACCUGCUUUGUGAGCAAAGGCCUGAUAUUUGUCCUUUGAGAGCGAUGCUUCACCCGGAUUUUUUAAUGAGUGGUGGUAAAAGAUUAAUUGUAAUUUUCUUUUUAACAAAAUCGUGGACAUAGAGCUCUGGGGUUAGCACUAUCGAGGACGUUACCUAAAAAACACAAUACAUAAAAAUAAUAAAAGUGAACGGCAAAAAAGAAAGGAAAAUAAAAACUUGAACUUCUUAACUAGCGUUGAAAAAUGUAAAAAAGUGGUGUCCUCCGCUAUUUUUGAGGGAGAGCAUUAAACUCCUUUACUACCUUU